AACUAGUUUGACUUAUGGGUUUGACAUGUUUUUCGGUUACGUCUUUGUACGAAGCGCAUUAGAUCCACAACUUGAAAUGACGUGACACUAGUUUUAAUAGUUUUAUAUGAUGACGUAUAAAUUCUGUUUACGAAAUGGGUUACCGUUCGAAAAAUAGAGAAGUAUUAACAAUAAUUCUUUUAUGCGCAACAUGGUACAUUGUCAGUUCGAGCAACAAUGUCAUCGGAAAAAUGUUGCUCAACGAUUUUCCAUUUCCCAUGACAGUGACGAUGGUUCAAUUAACUUCGAUUACUCUAUACAGUGGUCCCCUUUUCCACCUUUGGGGUGUUAGAAAUUAUACUAGUUUAAGUUGGAAUUACUAUUUUAGACUAAUUGUGCCGUUGGCGUUUGGAAAAUUUUUAGCAUCAGUUUCGUCACAUAUUUCUAUAUGGAAAGUGCCAGUUUCAUAUGCCCAUACAGUGAAAGCAACCAUGCCAUUGUUCACAGUAGCCCUUACAAGAAUUUUGUUCAAUGAGAAACAGUCUUGCAAGGUUUAUAGUAGUCUUGUACCUAUAAUAACGGGUGUCGGGAUAGCUACAAUAACUGAAAUAUCAUUUGAUAUGAUAGGACUGAUAACAGCACUAAUAGCCACCAUGGGUUUUUCAUUGCAAAAUAUUUUUUCAAAAAAGGUACUACGUGAUACUGGGAUUCAUCAUUUGAAACUCUUACAUUUGCUUGGAAGACUUGCAUUGUUACUUUUCAUGCCAGUUUGGCUGAUAUUUGAUCUUUCUGAUGUUAUUAAACAUCCUGUUGUGGUGGAAGGAAACUAUACAGUAUUAACAUUACUAUUUUUAGACGGAAUUCUGAAUUGGUUGCAAAAUAUAAUAGCAUUCAGUGUUCUAUCCUUAGUAACGCCUUUAACAUAUGCAGUAGCAAGUGCCUCAAAAAGAAUAUUUGUUAUAGCAGUUUCUUUAUUUAUAUUAGGAAACCCUGUAACGGCAACAAAUGUAUUUGGAAUGCUUCUUGCAAUCAUUGGAGUUCUUAUGUAUAAUAAGGCAAAAUCUGAUGCGCAAUUAGAGCUGAAAAAGCAAACAAUUUUACCUUACCAAAAUCAAAAUUGGAGAACUUACUCUAUCGACAAAAUUAACUUGAAUCGACCUGUAACCAAUGCAACAAAUGGGAACGCAUAUGGAUCAAAAUCAAAUAAAUUAUUGUAUGUGUGAUUUUGAUAUUGGAAAAAAAUAAAGCAAAGUAUUUCAAUUCUAGAUCAUUGUCGACUAAACUUUU